UCAGUUCCUCACCAGUUUAAUACAAGCACUACCAAGUGGACUUACAGAUACACUAACAAACUCAGUGUCUAAGAACCAUGAAGGUCCUUGCUGUGCUCGUCCUAGCUGUUUUCACUGGCUGCAAUGCCAACCUUUUUUAUGCUGAUGCACCCAAGCCACAGCUGGAGGUGGUGACUGAUGCCUUCUGGGAUUAUGUUGCCAAAGCUACACAGACAGCUGAAGAAACCGUGAAGAUGAUUAGAUCAUCUCAGUUCGGACAGGAUGUCAGUGCCCGCCUGACAGAAAGUGUUGAUGCUGCCAACAAGUAUGCCGUCACCCUCCAGGAGCAGCUUCCACCUACAGCCCAGGACCUGAUCACCAAAGUCACAACAGAGGCUGAUGUGUUGAGAGAUCGUGUGAUCCAAGAGCUGAGCACAGUCAGAGAGAGGCUCGAGCCUUACACUGACAACAUUCAGACACAGGUCCAGCAGAAGGUUGAGCAGCUCAAACAGGAGGUGGCCACCUACACAGAUUCCCUGGACACUGAGGCCCUGAGGACCACCCUGACGCAGAAGAGCGAAGAGCUAAAGACCAGCCUGGAGCAGAGCAUGAAAGACCUGCAGACUCAGCUUGGUCCCUACACUGAUGACCUGAAGCAGAAGGUGGACCAGCAUCUGCAAGACUUCAAGGAAAAAGUGGCCCCCUUGACUGAGCGGGUGCAGAGUCAGAUUGCACAGAGAGCCCAGCAGGUGAAAGAAAUGGCCACCCCCUACGUUGAUGAGCUGAGGGAAAGGCUGGACCCAUAUGCUCAGGACCUCCAGUCUCGUCUCACCUCCCUUUAUGAAUCCUUUGUUAAAGCCAAUUAAGUUAACAUCCACCUCACAUGAAACAGAAAAAAGUGCAUCUAAAGUGCAUCUAAAGAAUUCCAAAUACCAAGGACAUGUUCCUGGUAUCUGGAAUUUAAAAAAAAAUCAGAUGUUGUUUGAUAUAUUUACAGUUUUAAAAAAACAGUUGAUACAUACAAAAAAUAUGUGUUGGUCUGUGACCACAAACAGUUUUCAUAUGUUGUAGAAAAUAAAGUGAAAGCAAAACUAUAA